UAUAAAUAGGGUCAACAUUUGGUUUUGUUUAAAUUAUAGUUGAAAAAAUGAUUCAAAAGAACGCCGACGAUGAGUGACAUAGAUGAUUUGUUUGAGAAUCUGGGCUUCGGAAAGAUGCAGUACAUCAUUUCAUUUUGCUGCUUUACCCUGCAGCUGUGGAUAACCAACGAGCAGCUGGGCUUUGGAGUAGUGGUAGCAGGAGCAACUUGUGAGCUGCAUAUCGAUGAUGAGCGGCUAGCCUGGCUAAUGGCGGGAAACUUUGCCGCCCAAAUGAUAUCUUGCUAUGUAUGGGGCGAACUCUCUGAUGCGUACGGAAGACGCAAAAUAAUUUUGUCUGCGGCGACGACAGCAAACUGUUUGUCCAUACUUUCGGCUUGUAUGCCCGAAUAUUGGAGCUUCUUAGCUGUACGAACUAUGGCGGGAUUGUUUAUUUCGGGUGCAGUGGUUUGUGUUAUGACCUACUUGGGCGAGUUCACAAAGAUUACCCUGCGCCCCACAGUGCUGAACUUCAUGAGCUAUGCCAUUGGUAUAAGUCUGAUCUAUGUGCCGUCUUUGGCCGGGGGUCUCCUUCCCUUGGAAAUCGAGCCCAGGCCCUGGCGCAUACUGCUUCUGAGCAACCAGUUGCCCGGAAUCAUCGGAUUAACCAUGCUUAUCUUCUUGCCUGAGAGUCCCAAGUACUACUUGUCAGUCAGCGAGCAAGAGAAGGCGUUGAAGGUCAUGGAAAGGGUCUGUCGGAUGAACAAGGGCAAGGAUGUAACUCUGGUUAGUAUGGGAGUGAGCUCACUCUCACAGCUACGCAUGCGCAACAAGGCAGACAACCAACGCCGGUGGCACGAUAUCAAGGUCCUUUUUGCAAGACAUGGCAAAAUCAUGUUAUCUUUCUUGUUUGUGGUGUUUAGUUUGUCUGGACUAGCGUUUUCAUUGCCCUUCUGGAUGCUACGAAUCCGAGUGCUAACGGCUCAUGAGAAAGAGCCCCAGACGAUGUGUGAUCUCUUGGAUGGAAAGAGUAAAGAAGGAGGAAAUCGAAUGGUGCACAAGUGCCACCUGGACUUUGAUGAAAUGCUGGAUCCGAUUAUCCACGGGUGUGUCGUACUCAGCUUGUUUAUCGUUACCAGUUUUCUUUUGAUAUUUCUUAAUCGUCGAAUGGUCAUUUUUGUAUAUAUUUUUAUUCCCAUUUUGGGCAGCUUUGCCUUGAACUUCAGCAAGCAUCCUACCCUCAUACUUAUUAGUUUUUUUGCUCUUAUGGACCCGCCCAUGUGCAGCAUCAGGCUGUGCCUUUCCUUGCUCAUAGAUCUCGUGCCCACCCAUCUCAGGGGUAAAGCCAUUGCUCUGACCGUUAUGAUGGGUCGCUGUGGUGUUUUGUCGGCCAGCUUGUAUGUGGGUUAUACCUUGCGGUACAACUGCUAUGUUACCUUCAAUCUCUUCAUUGUUAUGCUCAUUAUUUGUGGUAUCCUGGUGUACUUCCUGCCCGAAGAGUACAGAAUGAGAAGUAUCGCGCAGUAGAGGUUUCUUGGAAAUAUAAUAAUAAUAUUGCGUAAUUACUUGAAACUUUUGAAAAAUGAUGAUGGGGCUCUCCCUAUCUGCCCUGCCAAUCAGACAAUCAAUCAUUCAAUCAAUUGGGCGCACAGCGCGAAGUACAAAUUUGAUGCCUCCCUUGCGUCGGAAGACGGAAAAAGGAUUAUGGCGAAAGUUCAAAUAUUUUUGUGAACCAGCCAAAAAUAAAAUAAACGUCAAAUAAACUUG